AUGCUCAUGAAUCCGUAUAUUCUUCGGACAUGGGAGCACGCCGUCGCCGGUGAGACCAUCGGCGAGAACGGGAACGGGGCACUCAGUUAUUUUGAGUCUGACUUCGACUUGAUGACGGUGAAAGAGUGCUUGACGACCUUCCAUGCCAGCUUCGCCACCCGGAAGGAAGGGACGCUCUUCAGUGUGUUCCCGAAAGCAAAGCUGUCGGCGAGCGCUCGGCAGCUGGCGGACAAACUCCGCUCCAUGGUGCCGCUGGAUAGAGAAGAUGACGGCACGCCUGCUGCUACCCGCAGGGAUUUCAUGCGGGAGCUCCUCGCGGAUGCACCGCCCGAAGAUGAUGCAGCUCCGAUUCCGAUCGUGAAUGCCGUUCGCGACUUGCACAUCGUGGGCUUCAAAGCCGGUUACCGCCAGGCCGGGCGGACGGGCCAGUUCAGGGAAGUUGGUUGGGUCGGUUGGGGCCCGGGGACGGUGCACUACGUUAUCGGGAACUCCAGCGACAUGAACAUGCAGACAUCCUUUGAACUUCCGUCCAUCAUAGCGUAUGCAAAAACGGAGGAUGCAUUAAAGCAGGAGGAGGAGCCUGCAAUGUGGGGCUCCUUGUUGCCAGGAGAUUGCUUAUAUGUGCCGCCUGGGGCCAUUACGGUGUUCAAAGUUCACGGCAGUGCGGCGAUCUUCUUGAGAAGUCAAAGUGCGGUGACGCCCGGCCAUACUUUCAUGCGCGUUGUCAGUGGACAGCUGUGUGACAAGAGGAGCUUCGGGGUCUUGAAGCGAGCUUUGCAAGCAGUUCGGGACAAGUUCCCAGAUGAGGAGUCUGACUACUUCGACGACACCUUCCAGGACAGAGCACAUGUCAAUUGCCAAACUGACAAGGCCGCAUGGCAUGCGGCGGCAUGCAUGGUGUGUGACACGGUGUCUCUUGGACACAACGGCAGGACAAAGAUCAUGGUCCAGCAAGGAAAGAUGUGA